AUGAUGUCAAGCGUAACCCUGUCAACCACUUUAAGGCCUUCUAUCAACUCUCUCGUCUCUUUGUACAUCUUGGUUUGCCCGUCUUCAAUUGCUUUCCUCUCCGGUGCUCAUGGUCUCCUUGUUACGUUACUAUCGACAGCAAGAUUCUCUGCCAAAACAUCCUGGGAAUUCGAUGGCCUAAUGCUGUCGAUAAACUGGACUACUGGCGCCGAGUUGUCAACCUUGACUCAAAAGCCCUCAAGCCGCAAGAAGGUGGACAACUUAGAUUCCGUGGCACUAUUCAAACUGAUGGCGUUGGUGUCACGGUUCUCAAGAAGAGGUUCGAUAGGUAAACAAGAUACACGGCAAGGUUCACAGUGGAGUAUGAAGCUACCUCCUACAUCACCAAUCUAA